AUGGCGUCUCUUCGGCUACUUACAGAAACCAUUUCGGCAGGACUCAACCGCAAUGUCUCAGAUACCUUUCUGGAGUCCAUUGUCAGAAUAUACAAGCAAAAUGGGAAUAAAGAGCAGUUUGUGGGAGCAACGGCAGCAUUGGGGCUCUCGGGACUGCUAUCAGCCAAUAUUUACGUUUAUAUCAAUGACAACAUUGGCAAGAUUGAGGCAGAAAUUGGUGGAGAUUCCAUAAUGGAGAAACGAGAUGAAAGGAUUAAACCUAAGGCAAAAAGAUCAAAAUUGACACUAGAAUUUGAUGAUGAUUUGGAUGAUUUGGAUGAUUUGGAUGCAGAGACGUUGGAUUUUCCCCAGAAAAAGGUAAAGAAGAAGUUAACCUUCAAGAAAAUUAAGAAGGAAGACGCUCAACGAGUUAAACAAGUUUUGGUGAGAAGUGAGGUUCCCAAAAAACAGGAGGAACCAUUGCCGAUUAAGAAUGUUACUCCAAAAGAACAGCUGGUUGUUACGUCUCACGAGAGCUCGCUACCGUCGCCUGAAAAUGACCCAAUCUUCCAGCUAGAUACAGUUGAAGAUAUCGACAAUGAAAGAGACUGGUAUACUCAAGAAGAGAAUGGAUAUGCGGCUGUGGAACAAUAUGAGGACUUGGACACAGAGUACCGGCCACGGCAGAAACCAAAAAUCGUCCGGUCUAACCGAACUGGAGGAGGAUAUGAUGCUGAGGGAAACUAUGUGGAUUAUGACCAUGACAACGGAUCCAUGCACAAUACGCUCCCGAUUCUUUCCCACUUCCUAGUACCUCCAUUUUUGCAAGAUUCAAAAGACUAUCUUUUCCUAGAGGGCCAGAACCGUACGGCAAGAAACAUGGGGCCCAGUAUUAGUCCCAUCAAGGACCCGCUGUCUGAGUUGGCAGUGUCUGCUCGGACAGGGAGUUUCGUGGUGAAAGAGAGAAAGGAGAAAAAGGAGAGGGCUCAGCAAGCCAAAGACCGGUCUAAUUUGCUGGGCUCAAACAUCGCUGGAGUAUUGGGAUUGGAAGGAGAUGAGACUAUGCCGAAAAAGCCAAUUGAGGCUGAAGACAAUCAACCAGCAAGCUUUGAGCAAAUACAAAGACAGAGAAAACUACUCCCAGCGUAUGCCGUUCGAGACGAGCUCAUGCGAAUAAUUGCAGAAAAUCAGAUUGUAGUAGUUAUUGGAGAGACUGGAUCUGGUAAGACCACCCAACUCACGCAAUUCUUAUGUGAAGAGGGAUACGGUAAGAACCUAGAUAAGGAUGGGAAAAAAUUACUCGUGGGCUGUACGCAGCCUCGACGGGUGGCUGCCAUGUCCGUUGCUAAGAGGGUUUCGGAGGAGAUGGGAUGUCGAUUGGGUGAGGAAGUUGGGUAUUCCAUUCGUUUUGAAGACAAAACAAAUGCCAAAAAAACGAAAAUUAAAUACUUGACCGAAGGUAUUCUACUUCGAGAAAUGCUAGGAGAUCCUAACUUGGAAAACUAUUCGUGUAUUAUCAUGGAUGAAGCUCACGAAAGAACAUUGAACACAGACAUCCUUUUGGGGCUUUUUCGGAAACUACUACGUCGUAGGAGGGAUUUGAAACUAAUCGUUACAAGUGCAACAAUGAAUGCUGAUCGUUUCACACGAUUCUUUGGUGAUGCACCUCAGUAUUUCAUUCCCGGUCGAACUUUCCCAGUGGACGUGUUCUAUUCCAAGUCAGCAUGUACUGAUUAUGUGGAGACCACUGUCAAACAGGUAGUAACUAUUCAUUUGGCAAACAAAAAAAGUGACGGGGACAUUUUGGUGUUCAUGACCGGUCAGGAAGAUAUUGAGGCUGUGUGUGAAUUGAUCCAGGAGAAAUUGGCUCUUUUGGAUAAUCCUCCACCCCUUGAUAUUUUUCCAAUUUACUCCACUCUUCCUCAGGACCUUCAGAAACGGAUUUUCAACAAGCAGAAUGCAGAGAGACGAAAAGUGGUGGUUGCAACCAACAUUGCAGAGACUUCGCUUACUGUGGAUGGAGUGAAGUAUGUUGUGGACUGUGGACUAGUGAAAAUGAAGCUCUUCAAUGCUAAACUUGGCAUGGAUGCCUUGCAAAUGGUGCCCAUUUCGUUGGCCAACGCUCAGCAAAGAAGCGGAAGAGCAGGAAGAACCGGACCCGGUAUUGCUUACAGACUCUACACUGAAAAGGCUGCCAGUGCAGACGAAAUGUAUGUUCAGCCGAUUCCAGAGAUCCAAAGAGCAAAUUUGAGCUCGGUGAUGCUUAUGCUCAAGUCUCUCAAGGUUGGCGAUGUUAUGGGCUUUCCAUUUUUGGAUCCUCCACCUCCAGACUUACUCAGUUGCUCACUCUACGACUUGUGGGCCAUGGGUGCACUAGACAACCAGGGAAACUUAACCGACCUCGGGUCAAACUUGACGCUUUUCCCUAUGGAACCUACGUUAGCUAAAUUGAUUUUGAUAUCUUGCCAGGAUGCAUUUCGAUGCUCUUCAGAGAUUGUCACUAUAGUUUCCAUGCUAUCUGUUCCGAAUGUCUUCUACAGACCCAAGGAAAGAGCUCAAGAGGCUGAUUCUAUCAGAGAAAAAUUUCUAGUUGCCGAACUGGACCAUUUGACGCUUUUAAAUGUGUAUACACAAUGGGAGCAGCGAGGACAAUUGAGGAAUAUGACUCCUCAAAAGUUAGCCACCUGGAGCUCCAAAAACUUCUUGCAUCACCGGUCUUUAUUGCGUGCUAGAGAUAUCAGGAAUCAGAUCUUGCUCAUAUUGGACAAGAACAAGUACCCACUAACAAAGGCAAGAAACGAUACAGAUAUCAGAAGGUGUCUCUGCGCUGCUUAUUUCCACCAGCUGGCUAAAUUGGUCAAAAUGAACGGAGGUGGCCGAGGUCAGGCGGAGUAUUCCAACCUUCGCCAGUCAUACAUGAAAAUGUACUUACAUCCCACCUCAGCUUUGGCCGGAGGAACCGACAUCAGUCCACUGUAUGUCGUUUAUGACGAAUUGGUGUUGACAACCAAAGAAUACAUGCAAUGUGCCACCGCUGUUGAACCUGAAUGGCUUCUUCAAUAUGGAUACUUGUUCUUUGGUGUGAGUCUGAGUGUCAGAAAACAGUUGCUUGGACAGGUUGACUUUGACAUUGUGGAUAAAGCAGAGUUGGAAAAGGAGCUCAUGAAGGCACCAGAAGAGCCAAAAUCGAAGGAAGUGGAGAAACGUAAGACGAUGAAGAUGAAGAGGUUCUAG